AUGGCUUCUAGCUCCCACAACAGCAACAGCAACAGCAACAGCAACAAGGAAAACCCUUCUUCUUGGACACGCAUGCAGAACAAGCAAUUCGAAAGCGCACUUGCCUUGUAUGAUCAAGACACCCCAGAUCGAUGGCAAAACAUAGCCAGAAUAGUUGGUGAUAAAUCUGCUGAGGAAGUUAAGAGACACUAUGAAAUCCUUGUGGAGGACCUUAGGCAUAUAGAGUCUGGACGUGUUCCAAUUCCCAGCUAUAAGUCCACUGAUCAUCUUAAUAAUGAAGAGAGGCCUCUCAAGUAUCGUAAUCAGCGUUGA